CAGUGCAAAACGAAGCACUGAAGGUGUCAGUUGGGCUCCCGACGGUUCUACUCUUUAGCUCCCACAGCCAAACACAACUCUCAGCGAUUUUGACGCAAAUUUUAAACGUCAGUGACUUUUGACAAAAGCGCGUGGCAUCUAUAUCGAGCAACAGGAUGCUGGGACUGCCAUUGCUGACUCUAGCGGUCCUCGCCAGCUGCGGCUACACCGUGGACGCCUACUCGAAGUACGGCCGUGGAUGCGGGGACAUUGGCUGCCUGCCCACGGAGGAGUGCGUCAUCACCAGCGACUCGUGCAGCUACAACCAGCGGGAUGGCAAGGAUUGCGGCAACUAUCCAACCUGCAAGCGGCGCUCCGGCGGAGGAUCGUCCGCCUCGAACAGCAGCCCCAACUUGGCGGCCAAUCCCUCGGCCAAUCCGUCAGGCAGCGUCCUCAAUCCCGGCUAUCCCAUGCACGGCCUGCAGCCGGUGAACCCGUACAAUCCGCCCUUCGUCUUUGGCCAGUUGCCAUUUUACGGCGGCGGCGGACCGACCGGCACCGGCGGUCCGCCCGGCGGCGUUGGAGGCGGCGGCGGUAACGGCGGCGUCGGCGGCGGCGUCGGACUGCCCAGCUCCACGCUGGGCAUCCUCGGCGGCGGCGGCGGCGGCCUGGCGCCCUACGGCAGCAACUUCCAGGGCUAUCAGAGCCAGCACUCCAACGCGAACAUGUACAACAAGCCGCCGCCGCAGUACCAGAACCAGAAUCAACAGAACCCCUACAACCGGCGCACCCAGGCCCAUCCCUCGGCAGCUGGCAGUUUGGGCGGCAUCGGGAGACCUGCGAUCCUAGUCGCAUGCCUCGUCCUGGCCCUCCUGUCCCACACGUAAUAAGCUGAGGCGGCAGCAGGAGCGGCACGGGCCACAACACGACGACCCCUGGCACAUUUGUCCCCCUGAAAAUAUGCUUUAAGUUCAAAACAACCAUCACGGAAUGAAUCCAUUUUCACUUUCUACUAACAACAAAUCAAAAGAGGUGCUCUCAUUUGAGAAAAAAUAUUGAAAUUUGUUUAGGUUUUGGUCGUACUACUUAUAUAUGUAUUAGAUAUAAAAAAUAAAAUAAGACCAUAAAUGCAUGGCAGUUAAUUGGAAAAGUAAUUCUUAGGCUAAAUAUUGAGUGAAAAUGGGAGCUCGCCUGAAGGUUGUAAAUUUAUUUUUUUUCUUUUUAUUAGUUUCUAUAUUCUCCUGAUUUUUUUUUCCCAUUUUUUACGAACAUUUUUAUUUGUCGUAGGCUUAAGAAAAAUGUAAAAGCAGUACCAGCGGCAUUGGAGAUAGCAAUUGUAUAUUUUAAGAAUUUAAAGUUAGCCAGCCAGCUAGUUAUGCGGGAAUUACUUUUUUCGAUGGUGCAAUAUAAAGUCACAAACACAAGUACUUUUAAUUUGUUGAGCUUAUGAAGUCAAUGUUUUUAUAAAGAGUUAAUUUUCAACUUGUUUACACCACUUGUAAGCAAUUUGUAGCUCUAUUUGCAGAUUUUGCAGACUGGCCAACACUUCGUAUACGUAAUUUAAAAGACUAGAGUAUUUUGUGUAUAUAUAUAUACAUAAUAUACCCAUACUCAAUUUCAGUAUAUGUGUUAAUGGUUGACAGGAUAAAAGAGACAAUUAUUUUGAUAACUUUUGGUAGUAUACAAAUUUGUGUCCUUGCAAUCAUAUAAGUAAAAUAUGAAAUCUCCUAACAUAAUGAUUGCUUUUCGUAGCUUUCCACAACAAUUUAAGGUUUGUGUUUUAAUUACACAAGGCUUUGCCGUCUCUCGUUUCACGUAGUUGGUCAUUUUUUUUGUUUUGCUCGACCGCCUUUGCUGUCUGGCUCACACUGCGAAUACGUAAUUUCAAUUUAAUAUUGUGCAGGAGGGCGCCGGCGAGAGCAUGUGAGUGUGUUGUAGUGAGUGAGUGUGCGAACGGGUUCAUUUGUGUGUGCUUUUGGACUAUCAGUCAAGGGGAACUGCUCGCCGACCCCUGGGAGUGUUCUUUUUUGCAGCUCAAUUAAAUUGGAAUUUAAUUUCGGGCUUAGACAGCCAGCCUCUGGUCAAAGGGGGCAAAGACUAACCGCCUCACAUGGCUACAAAUAUACAACACAGAUACGCACACACACACCGAUACACACAAACACAUACACAUACACACACACACACUUACACACACACACAGAUACAUGCAUGGCUGGUUGGGCAACUUUGAUGUUAAUUUCAUUUUUGUUGAUGUUACGAAUUUGCGGUCAGACGCCGGCGGAUUCAGGGCUUAUGAUGCUGCUGCUACUGCUGCUGCUGCUGAUGCUGCUGCAACUGCUGCUGCAGUCAGAUGCAGAUACAGAUACAGAUACUUAGAUGGAUAGUGUUGUAGAUACAAGAUACGCAUGUCAAUCAAAAUGCAUAAUGAGCUACAUUCGAGAGCGGUGCACCAAGUGCGCUGCGGUCAAAUCAGAUUCGUUUUUUUUUUUUUUUUGUACGACUACGAAUAUGAAUAAAUAAUCACUGAAGCAAGUUAAAUGGCAUUUUAAAAAACAAAAACAAAACAAAAAAACAAAAGAAUUAAGCUAGCCUAAGGUGUUCAAAACUAAUCUAAAGUAAAAACUGAAAACUAAGCUGUAAGUGCUGCAGACUCCCGAAAAAAAAAAAAACAAAAACUAAUACAAAAACUGUCAUAGAAAGGCAUUUACAUUGCUAACCAACUGCCAGAAAAAUCAAAAAACUACAAAAUCGAAAGCCAAAAACUAAAAACCAAAAACUAAAUACAAAACACAAAUUGUGAAGCAUUUCAAGCGCAUACAUACACUUAAACACACAAAGUUCCAGAAAUUCAAAGCUGCCCAAGAAAACAUAACGAUUUUGUCGCUGUAAAUUCCGGAUAAAAAGCACUCAUGUCGAGCAUAUUUACUCCGUCCGUUUGUAUUUGCACACAUACACAUACACACGAACACACACACACACACAUACACUUGAUUUGGGACACCACCAACUAUUGCUAACUUCAUUUGCAAUCUCUGAACCGGAACCAUGUAAACAGUACGACCAGUAUUAACCAAACUGAAAUCAUUUUAUCGAAUUAAGAUACACAAAUACUAAACAAAAUACCCAGACCCACAUCGACUCAUACUCUCAGACACGGCGAUGAAAUUAACGAGCAAACAAUAAGUAUUCGAGUAUUUACUAAUCAAAACCACUAACUAAAGAGUUGUACAUAGCAUUAAAUAUAUACUAUAUAAAUGUGUGUGGACAGAAGAGAUGUUAUAUUUAAUAUACUACUGCGAAGACUUAACUAGAAUAAGCCCGGGCGGACAAACUCAAAGUUGUGUAGAAUUAAAACGAAAAAAAAAAAAAAAACGGUACGAUUAU